AUUUGAUAACAAUUAACUUUUACUCGUCCGUUAAUCUUAUCUAAUUGUAAUUAAAUUAUACCAUUCAUGGAAAUUAAGUUUAAUCAACAAUGUGAACGAAUGAUAAUCUAUUCAAAUAAGUGAAGUUUCUUCAAGACUUGAUAGAAGAACAGAGUAACUCUAGAAUUUUUUUUUCUCUUUUCUUUGGUUUUCUUUUUUUUUCUUUGUUCUGCCAAUUAAAUUUUUCUUUAUGCAAUUGUCUUGGUGAUUUUCUCUCUCUUUAUCUCUGUCGUUUUAAAACUUGACUGAUUGUCAUUGUUUCGAUUUGUUUCUUCUUUUCCAAAUGAUGGCUCUACAUUCGGGCUUACCUGGUACAAACAGUGGUGGAAUUAAUAAUGUUGGACCUAACGUAUCAUCGAAUAGGAAAGAAAUUUACAAAUAUGUUGCUCCAUGGACUGUUUAUUCAAUGAAUUGGUCAGUUAGACCUGAUAAACGUUUUCGAUUAGCAAUUGGAUCUUUUAUUGAAGAAUAUAACAAUAGAGUUCAAAUUGUUGCUCUAGAUGAGGCAUCAUCAGAUUUUUAUCCUAAAUCAACCUUUGACCAUCCAUAUCCGACAACCAAAAUUAUGUGGAUUCCUGAUGCUAAGGGAAUUUAUCCCGAUUUAUUAGCAACAUCAGGAGAUUAUCUUCGUGUUUGGAGAAUUAAUGAUUCCGGUGAGACUCGUCUAGAAUGUUUGUUAAAUAAUAAUAAAAACUCCGACUUUUGUGCUCCCCUUACUUCAUUUGAUUGGAACGAAGUUGACCAGAAUCUAAUUGGAACAUCAUCUAUUGACACAACUUGUACCAUUUGGGGUCUGGAAACCGGUCAAGUCUUGGGAAGGGUUAAUCUUGUCUCCGGUCAUGUAAAAACUCAAUUAAUUGCUCACGAUAAGGAAGUUUACGACAUAGCAUUUAGUAGAGCUGGAGGAGGUAGAGACAUGUUCGCCUCGGUAGGAGCUGAUGGAUCCGUUAGAAUGUUUGAUCUCAGACACUUGGAACAUUCCACAAUCAUUUAUGAAGAUCCCAGUCAUCAGCCUCUUCUACGUUUAGCUUGGAAUAAGCAAGAUCCAAACUAUUUAGCAACAUUCGCCAUGGAUGCAUCAGAAGUAAUCAUUUUAGAUGUAAGAGUUGCUUGUACUCCCGUUGCCCGACUUAACAAUCAUCGAGCUUGUGUCAACGGAAUAGCCUGGGCACCUCAUUCAUCAUGUCACAUAUGCACUGCAGGGGACGAUCGACAAGCAUUAAUUUGGGACAUCUCUCAGAUGCCACGAGCAAUUGAAGAUCCAUUAUUAGCUUACAAUGCUGAAGGAGAAAUUAAUCAAAUUCAAUGGGCAUCAACUCAACCUGAUUGGAUCGCAAUUUGCUAUAAAAAUUUUCUAGAAAUUUUAAGAGUUUAAAGCUCUCAAUUAUUUUUUAUCAUUUUUUCUCUCCAUCUCUCCAUUUCUCUAUCAUCAUCCUCAUGUAAAUAUAAAAAAAAACAGAAACAAAUAGUCUGUGCAUUGUAAAAGUAAAAUAAUAAGACAUUUUACUUAAUCAUGUGAAUAAAUAUUUAAUUUGUAUCAAUGAUAAA